GGGUCCGGGAGAGUACAUAAGGGCGGCGAGGCGGGCCCCGGGCCUCAGUCACCCGUCACCCCUCCGUCACAACACCGUCUCCUACACCACCGCCAUGUCCGUCGCCGGCACUUACGUCCUCACAUCAAACGAGAAUUAUUUGGAAUGGCUGACCGCCCUGGGUGUUCCGGCGGAGAGAGUGACCAGGAUGGUGGCCGUGAAGCCCAAGGUGGUGGUGAGCGUGACCGGGUCAGAGGUGGUGGUGAAGACGGAGGCCGGGGACAAGAGCUUCACCAACACCAUCAAUCUGGGCAAGGACUCCAAGGCUGAACUUCCUGGCGGCAUCGAAUAUGUUGUGAACUUGUCGUUGUCCGGGUCCAAGCUGGAGGGCACCUGGAACUUGGGAGACAAGUCUGGCACCGCUCUGGUCGAGUUUACUGCCUCUGGUGCCACACAGACGGUAGUUCUUGGUGACAUCACAGCCAAGAGGGUGUACAGUCGCCAGUAAUGAUGUCACAGCCAAGAGGGUGUACACUGUCAACAACACUAGUGUCCACGCCCACCACCAGGUGUCCUGUGUGUGUCCACGCCCACCACCAGGUGUCCUGUGUGUGUCCACGCCCACCACCAGGUGUCCUGUGUGUGUCCACGCCCACGAGGACCCGAGGAGCCUGCAGGGAACCAAGUCACAAACACUAAUGUCAUCGUGUAUCUCCUCUUCUACUUAUACCAUUCUAAAAUAGCUUUUAAUUAUAAAUAUAAAAUGAUAUAUUAAAAUAUUUACUAAA